AUGCGCUUCUCUGAUAGUGGACCAUUCAAAGAGUAUUGUGCAAAUGUGUUUGGCAUGACGCUAUCCAUAGUGGGCGUGUUCUGCUAUAAUCGGGCGAAGCAAGAAGACAAAGUUUUGUCUCAUUCUCUUCCACUGACGCGAUCUCAUACAGUAUUGUCUGAAUCGACUCUAGUGGAGUUGGAUACCAGUCAAAACAGUGACAUGAUGUACUGGGCCUCAAAUAAUCGCCCCGGCUAUAACGGUAGCCGAUUGGGUGAUUUUGAGUAUUCCGAUGUUUAUCAGGCUCGCUACGACAAGAUGGACGACAUCAGCAAGGAGCAGCAGCAUAGUCGGCGGCAUGUUCGGUUUUGGCAUAGGGCUGUUUCCAGAAAGUGA